GAAGACAUAAUUUAAGAAACUUAUUAACUUACCUCUUUAACAACAAAAUUGAUUACAAUUAAUUAAUAAUAAAACUAACUAAUAGAGAUACAUUGUGCAAUUGCGAUUGUUAACGCAACUAAAUUAAAUCGGUAAUUAAUUUAACGAGGUCAUUGUACGCUUAAUCCCGUACUAAUAUUUUAUUUCGAGAAAUAUGUGAGUACGUUAAUUAGGUUUCUUCUAUAGAGUUGGCUUUUGUUCUAGUCCCCUGCCCCCCCACUCUUCCCGCUCUGAGACCCUGGAUUGUUCCCCUGGUGCGUUCAAGGGACCGUCGAGUGAGGACUGAAUAUCGGUGGAAUAAUGUGUUGGAUUUGACGAAGACAUCAACGCUGCCCAUCUUCACAUCAUUUUCAGAUAGUACGGCAGGGUGGCGGCAUCCAAGUAUGGUGGUGGCGGGGUGUCCCUCGGCUCUGGUGUCGCGGUGAGGCGCGGCAUGAAGUGUGCAGGCGUCGCAGGCGUGGGGGGCGGCGGCGCUCCCGACGAGCUCCUGCUUGGCGCCUGCUGGCUAGACAACAAGCUCGACCCUGCCUCCUCGCCCUCUACCUGUCACGAGCUCAUCGACUCUCUACUUGCCCCCCCACCUCUCGCGGAGCUCAAACCACUCCCCCCUUUCACCGGCUACACCGGACAUCUCUCCAUCAACGGCAUCUCCGGCCAUCACUACCACGCGAUCGCACAGCGUCUUCCCGAGGAGAACAACAACUACCCCACGCAGAGUGGCUACGGAGCUGACCACGACGUUGUGUCGUCGUCGACGUGCGCUGCUGACGCGGAGCCUCCCGACCUGGAGGAUGUAAAGCCGUUUUUAGAACCGCCAGAAACUAAGCCUUUUGCGGAGACAUCGGGUCCUGGAGCGGCAGACUCGUGCGCAACCUCGUGUUCGCCGCCAGCUAAGUUGUUCGACGAUAACCACAAGCAAGACAUGUACGACAUCAACAUUAGUUCCAUAGAGGACAUCGCCGCGAUCAUCGGCUCGGCCAUCGCGGACACUACGACGACGCCAUCCCAGCCUGAGGACCCCGAGCGGAACGACUCGAGAGACAGCUGGAUGGAUAUUGAUGCAUGGAUCAGCGGGGAAUGCGGCCAGCAUAGAGAAAAGAUAGUUCAACAAGACCUCACAGAGUUUGGGUUACCAAGCACCCCUCCUCCGCCGCAAAACCAUAGCAUAGACUUCCCGUGCAAGAAUCAGGACUACUCCAAAAGCACAGAGUUCCUGCAAAAAAAUUUGUCGCAGACUGGUUCAGCGUUACAGUCGCUUCUGACGCAUGGGUACAUGCCAUUGCUGCACAAUCGGUUACAAAACGGGCCGCCCGUGAAGCAAGAGACGCCGAGCUCCACUAGUUAUGGCAUGGACGUAAUAUCGACGUCUUCCCCGCCUGGCAAUGCGGUGUCAACGACGGAUGGCGUCGGCAGCCUUCUCAACGGCAGGUACGCGUCACACUACGCGCUGGGUUUGAAGCCAGAUGGACUUUGCAGUCCUGAGAGGCUGCUAGGAUACCCGCAUGCGCACACAACGACUUCCACACCAGUCAGCAAGAACAAAAGGAGUCGCGCGAAGGCGAAACAAGGUGGCAACGGGGCCAAUCUCCACGGCACGUCGCUGGCAUUCCCUUCGGCAGCGGCGGCCGAGCUGAGCGGGCUGCUCGGGAAGGAGAAGCCGGUGCACCGGUGCGGCAUCUGCAACCGGGGCUUCCUAAACAAGUCCAACAUAAAGGUGCAUCUCCGCACACACACGGGAGAGAAGCCAUUCCGCUGCGACGUGUGCGCCAAGGCGUUCCGGCAGAAGGCGCACCUCAUCAAGCACCAACAGAUACACAAGAGGAUCGGCAGGGACUGACAGACGUUGUGGCUCAACAUAAAGCAUUUAGUGUGUGCAUGGUUGUGUGCGUGGUAGAGUGCCUCGUUUUAGCCUGAUGUACAUUCCCUUUUGUUACUUACUAACAAGGUAGAUUUAUAUACGCGUAUUAUAAUAACGUUAGUCUAACAUUCCUAAGGAAAAGUGCAAUGUUAACUAGUUUUAAGCGAUCCUUCAGAUUUUUAUGUAGAUAUCUUGUUAUAUAUUAUUGUUAGGACAAUUUCAUUCCAUUUUCGGUGUCGAUGCCUUCGUUAGUUCACUGUUGCUUGGACACGCGACACAGCGUUCGCUCAAUUGUCGUGCGCUCCUCUCGAAUAUACGUAUAUAUUUAUCACGAUAUAUUUUAUGAUUCUUUUAUGUGAAUGAUUACUCCGAUUACCUAUACUUUUAGUCAAAUUAUUGCUUAGUUUUAAUUGUAUAAUAUUAGGGUACUUAAUUAUUGUAAGUAACAAAGAAAUGACAAAGCUCACGAGGCUAACAAAUAUCUUUUCUUAAUUUAAAAUGUUAGAGGAAUUAGCAUCUGUAACAUGUGAAAAAGGUGGGCAAAAUGUGUACUGCGAUGCAAUACAGCCCGAAAUUAAUUAACAAAAAUGUCACAAAUAAAGAAAUUUAAAAUUAAAAAGGAAAGCAUUCUUUUACAUGGCCAGUGUCAAAAAUAACUUCAUAAAUUUUGAUGCCCAUACUCAAUACCUUAAUAUGUUACAGAUGCUAAUAAUAAAGUAUUUUCCAUUACUUUUUAGUAACUUAAACACAUUUAUCAAAGAAUCUCAAGAAUUUAUAUAAUUAAAUUAUAUUAUGUAUAUAUAGCUACUUAAUUAUCUUUCAUUCUUAUGUGCUCAAUUUAACGCACAAGACAAUUGGUAUAUAUCAAAUUAGGUUUCAUAAGGUACCUUAAGCCUUAUACUAAAUUUAGAUACUUCCAAAUUAAACCCAGGUAAAUCCCACCAUGUAAAUAGUCACUUUUUGACUGGUACUGACAAUAAGUAAACAUAAUAGUGCAAACAAAAACAUUGCACGAAGAACUGAAUAUUUAUUUCGUAUCCUUUCUUGUGUAAGGACUUACUUGUGUUUGAUUUUAAUUAGAUGAUAUCAAAAUUAUUUUUAAUUGCAUUAAUCGCAAUCAUUUUACUAACAUUUGAGAGCAUUUUAUUUCAUCGUCAUCAAUCAUACACAAAUUCACAUGUUUCUGCAUAACAUAAUCAGGAAUCAUUUGAAUUUCAAAUUCAUCAAAUUAUUUAUUUAAUUAAAAUGUUACUAUACUAUCAUUAGGGCAAAAAUAUAACCGGCUGAUCUUAAAAUAUAGGGAAUACAAAACUUUAAAUCCAAUACGUAGAAUUUAAAAUAUGAUGGUCCGUUUCAGAUAUCUUUGUUGUUUUUUUAAUAGCACAUACCAAGACAUCGAUGUUCUUGUUUCAUACAAUAUAUCUUGUAUGAAAACGUAUGUGCUGUUCAGAUAAAAUAAAUUAGAAUUAACAAACCAUUUCAACCACUAAACUCGUAUCAAACAAAUUUUAGAGCAUUAUAAACUAUCAACGCCAUCUACCGUCAUAAAAACGAACUAACAAAGUACGCACCGUGCCCAGCCGCACGCGCACGCGAACCGGCGGAACCGACCACGUCCGGGAAGCGGACGGACAAAAAAACUUUAAAAAAUCCACACACCACUAAUAAUAUCGAUCCGGAGUUGUGCAACAUCGCGAAUCGGCUUAAUUAAUGUUACCGCACCGAAAUUUAGGUCGUUGAUCUCGGGUUAAGGACUCUGUGAGCUGUUUCUAGUAUCCAAGGAUAGCUAAUGAUUUGAUUUGGUAAUUAAAGAAAUUACAUUGUAGACUAUGUUACUGUUGGUACUUUUAUGAAAAUAAAAUUGAACCUUAUCGACAUUUGAAGGGCUAUCGUGAGUUUGAAAUUUAUUUGAUUUGUGAACUUCGCAACUUGGAAGAUGAAAAUAUGUCACUACG